UUUUUCUACAUUAUUAACAUUCAAACUUUUUGAAAAAGAUAAAAUUUGAGACAUUUGACGUUUUUAAAUAUUUGGCGCCAUUUUAAGUUGUAAAGUUUUGUACAUACGUUAAUAAAUAGAUGGUGGGUGUUGAAAUGGGCUCGACUAGUUACUUGAAGCCUAAAUCUGGUGGGUACAGAGCUAAAAGUGGGUCUAGUGGUGGAUCAGACAAGGAGAUGAACGGGAAAUUGCGGCGCCCGAAAAUUAGGCGGCCGACGAAGUUGAACGACUAUGGGUUGAAGAGGAUUCCAGAUUAUACGGAGUUGGCUUAUAAAGAGGCUGUGUCCAAAUUGAGAUACUUUCUGUCCGGGAACUAUGUACCGAGUGUCCGCAGUUACGGAGGCUCCGCGUCAAUCAAGAACUUAGACGAGUCAGACGGCGAGUUAGAGAAGAAGUACAACCUCGCCACAUCGGCUCCGUACAACGCGUUGUUGGAGUACAAGCCACGCCCGCGGCUGACGGCCAAAUACGCCACAUUGUAUGCCGAUAGCCUCAACAAUACGCAUACGAAACAACAUGUCAGUGCGCCUGCGCCAGCGGCGGCGAAUGCUGACGUCACGGGCGGCACCAACCCUGACGUCAUCAAUUUCAUCCAGAAACAGGAGGAAUACAUCGAACAGCUGGAGCGAGAGAGCCAGUACUGCAGGGAUGAACUCAACAACCUGCUAGGCAAGGUGAAGGAAGUGAUAUCAGAGAACGAACAUUUACACGAGGCUCAGAAGAACAAGCUGAUUAAUCGAAUGUUCCACUCGUACGCCGGAUCUGAGACCGACGAGCUGGACGACCUGGGCGAUAGCACUGGAUUGGAUAGCGAUAAUAAGGUUACUCCAUCAAAGGCCCGUAAGAGCAAGCCUCGUUCGACCCGGCUGGAGGGUCCAAACAUAGUGUUUGAGUCCCGCAUCGCCGAGCUGGAAGCACAGUUGACACAGGCCAAGAUCGAUCUGAAGAAGGUUCAGGAGGAAAAUAAUGAGAACAAACGCAAGCUGGCCUCUGGGCUGGUUGACUCAACCUGCCUUGACGGCUUCAAGCGGCAGAUCGACAACUUGCAAAGAGACAAGUCAUCCCUGGAGGCGCAGAUCUCCAAGCUGAAGUUGAGCUUGGAGUCCCGGGACGGCGAGUACCGCCGAGGGUCUGACGCUGUAGAGCAGCAGCUUAGAGACGAGCGCAACAACUUGGAAGCGGAGUUGCGCAGACUUAAGGACGACCUCACCAAAGAGCGGUCGAAGGUGCGCGAGCUGGCGGGCGAGGGCGCUCGGCGCGCUAUACAGGAGCGCAGCGCGGCCGAGCAGCGAUACAACGCGCACUUCGACGAGCUACAACACGAUCUCGCGGCGCAGUACGACAACGUCGCUAAACUACAGUUGGAUCUAGAGCGCCAACGUCGAGAGGAGAACGACCUCAAACGCGAGCUGUCCAUGAAGACUGCUGCCAUCGAAGAACUCAAGAUGGAGUUGAAGAACAAGACAGCAUCUUUGCAAGCAGACCUUGCUCAGGCUCACGCUGAAAAGGCAUCUCUGGAAGAGGAGUUAGCUAGCGCUCGCCUGGCCAUCGAGCGUCAUCAGAGACAAGCCAAGCAUGAGACCAACCGUCUCAAUUCUGAGAUCCAGUCUCUCCGCCAACGUCUGGAUCGAGCUGAUGCAGACCUGGUACAUUCACGUCGCGAGAAUUUGCGUCUUACUGAGCAGAUUUCUACUUUGGAGAAAGAGCUUAACAUGAAGAACCUAACACCAAAUUCUCCAGAGAAGAAGAAAGACAAAGAGUUGUCAACUAUGUUUGAGUCGAUGGAGAAUAAACAUGCUAAAACGGUGGCUGAGUUGGAGUCCAUGAUACAAUCACAAAACAGUCUGAUGGAGAAACUCACCGGAGAAUGUCGUUUGCUCACAGACAAGCUCGACGACGCAAAUCGUAGGCACAAAGCGCAGAGUCGCGGCCGCUCAGACGAACCAAUCAGAACACAGCGCGACCGUUCAAGAUCCCGAGACCGGCCAAUACCGAGCCGCCGUACCAAGCGCCGCUCCGAAAAAGAGUCCGAUUCGUCGAAUAAUUACCCACCAAUUGUAGUUGGCCCGGUAACGACCAAUCAGGAUCUCGACGUUAAAGGAGAAAAGGUAUUUAAUUUGCCACUGAUGAUUCAACAGCCCUUUUUACGAGAGAAAAAGGAGCCAAUCAAAGUUGAUAUAAGCGUGAAGUUGAUACCGAAACCAAGGAAGAAAGAGAAGAAGAAACGCGAGGCCAGGGUCGAAGAGAUAGUCAUACAUUCCGAUGAGAAUAAAGGUGUCAAGAAUACUUUGAGUAUGGAAGUUACUAAGGAUAAUGUUCAGCUUUUGAAAACGUCAAUAGAGCCAAUUGAAGCAGAGGAAGCCAAUAGUACAGAAACCGAAGCGAAAGAAGACAGUAUAGAAGGACCAAACGUCGCCUUGACAGAUAUACCACCAUCUACAACUGAAGUAAAAUGUGAACCAAUACUAGAGCAAGAAAAAGAAAUCGUACAAGAAGCUUCAACUGUACAAGAUGUUGCUGCGGUUGAAUCCGCACCUUUAGAAACUAACACAAUGGAAACAUCUGAACCAGUAAUUGAAGCAAAAGAAGAACAGAUAGAAGUAGCACAAGAAAACACAGAGCAGACAGAAGCGACUGAGUCUGAUGUAAAAGAAGAAACAGAGACACAAAAUGUAGAACAACCGGAAGAUAUAGAAAACACUUAGAAAAUGUAGAAAUUGCACGUUGUGAUAAUUGAUGAGUGAAAACAAUGGUGAUGUCAAACAAUAAACCGGGCGAUAUGCCGAUACCAAAAUAAUUGACAGAAUGAAGGCGGUAAAAAUGUAUGAAUAAUCAUAUUUUUAUUUUGGCGAAUCCAUGUUUGUAUUGUCUUACCAUUGUCCAGUGUUAAGAAGAAUCGUAAUUACUAUUUAAGACAAAAAGCGAAAGGUCUACUUAUAAUAAAUAAAUGUUACUAUAGAUAGAGUAGGAUCACUAUUGUUACUGUUUAAUAUACAUUGUGAUGUAUUUACUUCAUUAUUAUGAUGUAAUUAAUGUGUAAUACUAUCUAAAUUAUUUUAGUCGGCUUGUUAUGUUUCAUGUUUAUUCAAUUGCUAUCAAUAUACCAUGUUUCUCUAUUAAUAUUAUUCUGGGUUAAUUGUUAUUCUAGUUACUUACAUGUUAUUUUUUGUACAAUAUGUUCCUAAAAGUACAAAUGUAGCUUCAUAUGGGUAAUGAUAACAUAUGUGUGCAAUAAACGUAUAUAAUCUUGAAUGUACUAGUUGAAACGCAAUUAUUUUACUUCUCAAUCAUCCUAAAGCAGAUUUACACUCACAUAAAGAA